AACCUUCUUCCACAAUCUCACCUUUCUUCCUUCCUCUGCAACGAAACCUCUACACACCGAAAUCCCAAAUCAAAAUCAAAAUCCAAAUCCCCCCGAAAAAACCCUAAAUUCAAGAUGGGUCUGAGCAAGGAACUAGACAAGUGCAAUAAUAAGCCCAGAAGAUGUUCGUCGAUUUGGAGAGGGAUCAAGACAGUGUUCGUUCUGUUCACCAUGUUCGUCUCUUUCCUUCUCUUCUCUGCUCCCAUCCUCCUCGCCGUCGCCGAUGCCGUCGUUCCCUCCGCCCUCCUCUCCGCCGCCUCCCUCCGCCGGCCUUCUCUGUCUUUUCCAGCGACUCUCUCUUCUCACCUGAGCAACUACGAUUUCAGAUACUCUCUCAUCGACAUACCUCUCGUCUCCAUCGUUAGAUCCGCUGUUAUCCUCUGCGUUUACGGACUCUGCGACGGGCCGAGGCUAUCAAGAGGUCCGUAUCUGACAAUAACGAUGAUCUGCUCGAUCUUGUCUUUGAUCUACGUGUCGUUGAAGGCUGCUUUCAUGUUCGGAGAACCGGCGGCCGACUCCUCCGGCGGCGGCGGCGGAGUAUACUUCCGGGCCGCCGAAGUGGCUCUGUUCGUGUGUUCGUCGGUCUUAGCCAUCGGUCACAUCAUCGUGGCUUACCGAACAAGUUGCAGAGAAAGAAGAAAGCUCCUGGUUUACAAAAUCGACAUUGAAGCCGUUUCAGCUUGUAAAAACGGCUUCCCAAGAUACCAGAAGAUGCUACAACAAGAGAGGAUCAAAUAACGCAUUCAAGAACUCGGAAGCAAUGUCUCCAUGAGACAUCUACACAUGUACAUACACCUAUACAUACAUACACAUUCAUGAAGAUCCGACUUCUUCUAGGUUUCGUUGGUUUGAACCCAUCAUCUGCUUCCCUUCUAAGUUUCAGAACGGUCCAAAGGAUAAUCUGUAAAGCUGGAGGAACAGAGUGGAUGGGCCUAACGUAUGUUCUGUAAGAAUAUAUACACAUAUACAACAUAAAGGACAACUUCUGAUGUAUUGGCAGUUGUUACAAUUUUAAAAUUUAAAUACCGUAGUGAUAGAAUCUUUAGAUUAUAUAUAUAUAUAUAUAUAUAUAAAUAUAUAAUCCACCGUAUAUAAUUUGUCCUUUUUGUAUACAACGGGGUUCAUCAAUGAGAAACAGAUGCCGAAGGCGUCUUUUCUUCAGUAUCUUUCUAUUUUUUUUUUGUAUAAAUGUAUUUUAUGGAAUUUAUAUGGGACUAUGGGCGACACUAAACAACUCCACAUAUAGUUGCUGUUUAAAUUA